AUGUCGCUGCUCAUGUCCCGUUACGCAGAGGCACACGCCAACCAGAAAGGACCCGGCGAUGCCAGACCUACUGCUCUGCAAAUCAUCAAAGAUGAGCAAAGAGAGGGGAACAUGACGGACAGGGUUGUGCUCAUUACCGGUUGUUCUUCAGGACUUGGAGUCGAGACAGCGAGAGCCAUGAAAGCUACCGGCGCAACGGUUUUUGUCACUGCUCGCAAUAUGGACAAGGCAAAAGAAGCGCUUGGGGAUAUUCUCGAUGGCGACCGUGUCCAUCUCCUGAAGCUCAAUCUCGAGUCCUUUGAUAGCGUUCGAUCUUGUGUCGAAGAGUUCAAGUCAAAGAGCAGCACUCUCAAUAUCAUCAUUGAGAACGCUGGUAUUCGACACGUGCCACUGGGUAGGACUUCAGAUGGCUAUGAAAGGCACUGGGGCACGAAUCAUCUAUCGCAUUUUCUCCUGCUUGAGCUUCUGAGGCCGACUCUAUUGGCAUCAUCAACUUCAGAAUUUUGCUCUAGAGCCGUGAUUGUCUCUUCUACUGCGCAUAGGAAUGCGCCCAUGGACUUUGGAGACUUGAACUGGGAAAAGCGCAAAUACGAUCAUGCCAUUGCAUACGGCCAGAGCAAGCUAGCCAAUGUUUAUACCGCUAGUGAGAGUGAAAGACGAUACGGCGCCCAAGGCCUUCACGCAUGGAGCGUGCACCCAGGCGGCAUUCGAACAGGACUACAAUCAACAGGUCAAUUCGACAUCAAAGAUUGGAUAGUAGUGAUUAAAUCUGGCCCUAUUGCAACCUUGAACACGAUGAUGAAUGCUGAACAAGGCGCCUCAACGUCGGUAUGGGCCGCUGUUAGCAGAGAUUUGGAAGGCCAAGGAGGAAAGUACUGUGAGAGGAAUCGGUUCAGCGAGCCUCUAAAGAAAGGCUGGAAAAUGAUUGACCCAGGCCAUGCCGAAUGGGCGUACGAUGAGACCGCAGCGGCAAGGUUGUACGAUCUAUCUUUGAAGGAGAUAGGAGCAUAA